CAAGUCACCAACGCAUCUCCGUAGACGAGUCGAGCUGCUCAGAUCACCCCGUCUCCAAAUCUCGUGCGGAAAAGCGAAAUUACGGCGAUGGCGGCGGCCGGCGGCACUUCCUCCGACGAGGCCCCCAUCAUCCAGGCGGAGAACCUCACCAGCAACGUCAGGUCCAUCCUCUACAGUCGGACAUUCUUGUCGAUCAUUGGUGGAGUUGUUGCCGGUAUAUGGGGAUUCACGGGUCUGACGGGUUUCAUCUUCUACUUUCUGAUAAUGAUGGUAGCAUCUCUAGGACUCUUGGCAAAGUCAAAGUUUUCAGUCCACACAUACUUUGAUAGUUGGAGCAGGAUUUUAGUUGAAGGAGUUUUUGGCGGCCUUAUGUCCUUCGUGCUGUUCUGGACAUUUGCAUACGAUAUCGUCCACAUCUUCUGAUGGAAGGAGCUAAAGUCAGAAGACCAAAGCAUAUCACAUCUUCUGAUGAAAGGAGCUAAAGCCAGAAGACCAAAGCAUAUGCAAGAUUUUCCUAACAUGAUGGGACAAAAAGACCUACAGUUUAUCCAUUUUUGUUGUUAGCUAUUUACUGUCUAGGUUUUUGGGCUUCAGUGUCUCAUGUAUUUCAGUAUCUGUCAAUUUGAUGGCUAGUGUAUCAGUUAUCACGGUGUAAACCUGCAACUCAGAAAAGCUGCAACACCACACACUUCAAUUCAUUAACCGAUGUAGCAAUUUACAUUGAUCGUUCCUCAUUAUCCAUCCUGUUGGAUGA